AAGUUAUGACGAUGCGUACAUCACGCGAAAGAUGUCGCAGAUGCCCACCUUCACCUCCCCCUCCUACGGACGCCCACCCAUGGGUGGCUACAUGCAGGAUCCUUACGGCUACGACUACAUGCCAAGGGGCUACCCUCCCAUGGGCCCCCACCCCCACGUAUGGCUCCCGCAGCAUGGGUCCCUACUACGACUAUGACUACGGCUACGGAGGGGGCUACGGCGGGGGCUAUGGAGGGGGCUACGGCGGGGCUAUGGAGGGGUUACGUCCCGCCUCCAAGGAUGAGCCGUUACGACAGCUACCUCGACGACGAGUUCUUGGAGCCGAGCACCUACGUCCCCGCUAUCGUCCUCGCAUGCAUGACCACCUCGACGAUACCGACUUCGCGAAAAGGUCAGUUCGCGUCAAGGAUGAUGCUUCUUGA